AGGACGACGAAGAGGCAGGGGAGACGAACGACGAGGACGACGAAGAGGCAGGGGAGGCGAACGCUCGCCCAUUCGAGGCGUCCGGCGGCGGGAGGGCGCCCGCGGAACCGCGGGGCCAUACCUCCGCCCGGCCAGGACGCGGGACCAUUCGCAUGCCAGGGGAAGGAGGAGGGAUGACGACGAGAGAGAGAGAGAGAGAGAAAGAGAGAGAAAGAAAAGGAGGGCCCAAGCGGCCCUCAGAUGACCGGAAAACGGUCCCGCCUAAGCGGCCCUCAGGUGACCGGAAAACGUUUCCCGCCCAAGCGGCCCCCAGGUGACCGGAAAACGGUUCCCGCAAAAGCGGCCCUCAGGGGAGGCGUACGCUCGCCCACUCGCUGCGUCCUGCGGAAAUGUGCCACCCUGGGCGUUCCCGAAAAAGCGCGCCGCGGCUAGGUGGCCGGGGGCCGGCGGGCAGAGGAGGAGGAGGAGGAAGAAGCGGAGGAGCAGGAGGAGAGACCACAAAGCAGCUAAAACAAAAUCGGCCGCCCAUGCGGACCCGUGGCACCCUACAACUCAUCCUCGACGGGGCCGUUGUGUUGGUUCCAGUCGGCCGCCAUCACUUCCCUGAGCUGGAUCCGCAAAGCACGGAGCAUCGAUGCCAGCCCCAUGCGCGGGCCAGGCUGGUGUCGCCACCAGCCGUUCAGCUUAUACGCGGCCGUCGUCAGCAGGGCCCGUCGCAGCACUUCAUGUUGGUGUUCGUCCAACUUCGCGCGCAGGACGCCCAGGAAGCCGGCUAAGCGAUCAUCCGGCGACAGCGGCUGGAUCCAUAGAUUUGACGCGCCGAACGCCAUGAUGUGCGGGUACGUGGCGUAGUGCUGGAUCGAAUCUUCUUGGUCGCACCCCGUCAUGCAUUGAGCGUGGCGGUUCUGCAUCCGUCUCCGACAUCCAGCAGAUAGUGAAUGUGCGAGGCAUGGCUGCGACCACCCUCGGUUGUGAGCGCCCGCGCAACCAGGACACUGCGGCCACAAACAGUGCGACCCGUCGGCCGGGGAGCACGUUGAGCCGCCAGCGGUCAGCCACUCGCCGAAGGAUUGGCUGUAACUCGGCGGUUCUGGGGGCAACGUGUCGAGCUGUGCCCGCACAGCGGCUCUCUGCAGCCCGCGCUGCACCCGGCGCGCUGCAGGCCUCGUCCACGGCCGAGGUCCGCCCAGAUGGUUUUCUCUCCAGCCAGCGGAGUGCCUGCGACCGCGCCGCAAUCCAUAGCCCGCCCGUGGAGCCGGCCUCCCUGGCGACGAUCCGGAAUUUCGCUGCCUUGGCCAUGAAUGACGCGCUGGCGAAGACUUCGGCAUCCUCGUCAAAUCCAAGUAUGGCAGCAACAUUAAUAAGGGGGCCGUUCCCUGGGCAGCGCACCAAGUUCUUCAUGCAUCUGGCCUCCAGGUCUUCCCAUCCUGGGGG